UCCUGGAAGCGCAUGAGCCCGCCACGAAUCUUCUCACAUAUAGCAUAGCUCGCCAAUACCGGGAAAAGAGGAGACACAACUUAUAUAAGCAACUCGCUACCAAUCAGAUUUUGUUUGGUGUCUUUUUCCAAUGAAAAACUAGGCCUAUAUUUGACUCAACUGAACUUUCACAUCACUCUGUAGGCGCACGGUGACCGUGGUGCGUAAAAGGCCACUUCCAGCGGGUUUUGCUUCAUCGCGGGCUACGGUCUCUUUAUUUGAACACGUACCAGGCAGCUGGAAUGAUAUGACCAUUGGCCAUGUCCAUUUAGCAAAUUUAGACCAUUUUGUUUGUUAACAAAGUCUGAGAACAACGAAAUAUGUUUCCUCUGCCUAUGUUCACCCCGGAGCAAGUGGCUCGGGUGUGCGAGAACCUCGAGGAGACCGGCGACAUCGAGCGCCUUGGGCGGUUCUUAUGGUCCCUGCCUGCCGCUGUCCCUGGCUCCGCGGGGGAGGCUCUCAACCGCCACGAGUCAGUGAUGCGCGCCAGGGCGCUGGUUGCCUUCCACGGAGGAAACUUCGAGGCGCUUUACCAGAUCCUCCAGAGCCACCGCUUUACGCGAGAGUCUCACGCCAAGCUCCAAGAUCUGUGGCUAGAUGCGCACUACCGCGAGGCGGAGCGGCUCCGAGGUCGUGCCCUGGGACCCGUGGAGAAGUACCGCAUCCGCAAGAAGUUCCCCCUGCCUCGCACCAUUUGGGACGGCGAGCAGAAGACGCACUGCUUUAAGGUGAGACACCAAGCUGAGAGAACUCGCAGCCUACUCAGAGAGUGGUACCUCCAGGACCCGUACCCAAACCCGUCCAGGAAACGGCACCUGGCCCAGGCCACGGGACUCACGCCCACACAGGUCGGCAACUGGUUCAAGAACCGACGCCAGAGAGACAGGGCUGCAUCGGCAAAGAACAUACUGCAGCAGGACCCCACCCACCUGCCUUCCGGAAGCUCCCCUGAGGGUUCUGCCCAGGAGCAUCACGCCCACCACCCCCGCCUGCUGGCCGCCUCUCCGCGUCACCCGGGCAGCCCAGAGGCCAGCGACUGCAGCACGAGCACCGACCCCCGGGGUACUGGCACCUCCACCCCAGACCACUCCGUUAGCAGCGACAGCGAGUUCGAAUCCUGAGGGUCGGGUCACUGACCACAGCAGGCGAGAGGCUCUCAUUGGUUAAUUAAAUCCUGAAGAGAGAGGCUGUCAUCAGUUCUCAGCCAGGAAGGACCGACCCCACAGAUAUAUAGAGACAAUAGACACUGUAGAACUACUAUGUCUGUAGCUUGAGAUUGGACACUUGGACAGGAAGUUCUCUAUGAGAGACUUGAUAUGGACACUUGAUGUGGUUGCUAGUGGACGAAUGGGGAGGGGUGGGGGUUUGGUGAUUAGACCAUCUACAAACACAUGCACUUAAAAUGCACCAUCGCACAUGACUGUAAGGUAAACUGUUACUAAGUACCAUAUGACUGUGCAAAUGACUGCUAUAAAAACCCACUACAAUUCUCUGUUCUGUAGAUUUGGACUACAACGUGGGUAGAAAGAAGUCAGUCAGUCAGCAGCGAUAACAUAUUCUAGGACAGCAAUUCUCAGGCACGUUAUUUAUAGAAAGAAUAUAAACAUACAAAGUCGUAGAGUAAUUACUGAGCUUGAAUUAUAAUAUUAUAUGUUUUGAUACUUAAUGGUUUCAACUCAUCGUGGGUCUAUUUUUGAGUAGUCGAUCAUUGAGCGCUAGCUUUAAUCCCAUUUCUUAAUUAGCCCCUUACAAUAACCACUGCCUUCUGUAGGCUGUUGGUUUCCUACAUGAUCAGUCGUUGGUGGACGCAAAACUGCUUGAUUGGAUUGGACAGAUCUGCAUUUCUCUUCAUACACGUCACUGCCUUAAGAAGGAAGUAUAUUGGCAUCACAGCCUCAAUCUUCUAGUCUGGCUAACAUUAGGCACCGUUGCAGACCAUAACUGUCCCUAAAGCUAACACAGCCUAAAAAAAUGUUCUCUAGACAAUCUUGUAAUGCAUGGAUAUAGACAUUACACAUCACUAUACAUGGUGGUUGAAAUGUUUUCCUGUAUUAUGAUCAUGUGACUACUGUAUAACAAUGUUGAUGUGUAUCCAAAACAUCCUCAUUCUAACAUUAUCCAGUUCAAACCUGUUAUAUCCUUUUAGACUGUGGUUGGAGGCAUCAUUCAGUGUGGAAUCCUCUGUGCAGAUUUCACUAGAGAUGUCCUUGCAGGAAUUGCCUGUCAGAGCAAAACUAAAUAAGUGGGAUAAAAAUGAAAUGAAAGCAAGAUUGAUAAAGUGAAGCACAACUUGGUCUUAACUCAUUGAUGUGCCUAUAAACGUUUGAGGACUGAAUGACCUGUUUAACAUGACCGUUUCAUCUUUAUAUAUUUUUAAUUUAACCAGGAAAAUCAGCUAAGAACAAAUUCUUAUUUACAAUGACGGCCUACCGGGGAACAGUAGGUUAACUGCCUUGUUCAGGGGCAGAACAACAGAUUUUUACCUUGUCAGCUCGGGGAUUCGAUCCAGCAACCACUCGGUUACUAGUCCAACGCUCUAACCCAGGAGUGGGAAAUUCCAGUCCCCGAGGACAUGAUUGGUGUCACAGUUUUGCACCAGCCCCAGCUAACACAACUAACUCCAAUAAUCACUUAAUCAUGAUCUUCAGUUUAGAACGCAAUUUGAUUCAUCAGCUGUGUUUAAUAGGCAUGGAGAAAAAGUGUGACACCAAUCAAGCCCUCGAGGACUGGAGUUGCCCACCCCUGGUCUAACCACUAGGCUACCUGCCACCCCAUAUAGGCCUACCCAUAUAAAUAUCACCAUACAAUACAUCGUCAUGGGAUUCAUUCAUAGAAAAAUAAGUAUUUUGUAAAAAUGUGUCUGAUGUAUGCAUUUGGAAUAAAUGAAAGUAUUUUUAUCCAAACCUGCUGAAGUCUGUGAACAACGAGUCCACAAGCGUUUCCAGGAUGGAACCAUAUUGUUUGUUUGUUCGGGAGGGGGGCUCAUAUGCAUUGUGUUUUCUGACAAAUCAUUUGCUGAACUCUAAACCUUAUCUAAAUCUUAGAAUGAAUAAUGUGGCAAAUGAGGAGACUAAACUGCUUGGUGUAACCCUAGAUUGUAGACUGACAUGGUGAAAACAUAUUGAUGCAACGGUUGCCAAGAUGGGGAGAGGUCUGUCCCUGACCAAGCACAACUCUGCUUUCUUGACAUCACAAUCAACCAAUCAAGUCCUAGUUUUAUCACACCUGGACUACAGCCCAGUUAUUUGAUCAAGUACUGCAAAGAAGGACAUAGAGAAAUUAUAGUUGGCCCAGAACAGAGCAGCCCAGCUGGCCCUUCAAUGUACACAGAGGGCUAAUAUCAACAACAUGCAUGUCAAUCCCUCCUGACUCAAAGUACUGUAGAGGAGAGGUUGACUGCAUCACUACAUGUCUUUGUGAGAGGUAUUGAUGUGUUGUCAGCACUGAGCUGUCUGUCCAAACGACUAGCACACAGCUCAUACGCCACAAGACUUCUUCACAGCCCCCAAGUCCAGAACACAGGCUAGGAGACGCACAGUACUAUAUAGAGCCAUGACUACAUGGAACUCUCUUCCACAUCAAGUAACUCAAGUGACCAGUAAAAUGUUACUUAAAAACAGAUAUAAAAAAAAAUACACCUCAUGGAACAGCAUGGACUGUGAAGACACACACACACACACACACACACACACACACACACACACACACACACACACACACACACACACACACACACACACACACACACACACACACACACACACACACACACACACACACACACACAGAUAUACUCUACAAUCAGACACACAUUGUGAUAUUGUACAUUUUAAAUUGUAAAUGUGUAAUAUUGGAGCAAUAUACAUUUGUAUAAAGCACAGUGUCUUGUAUGAUGUAUUGUUUUAUUAUGAUGUAUUGUUAUA